GCUUCUUACCUCCCAUAACUCCUCCAGAAAAAUUCUUUCUUUCUCAGCUGAUGCUGGCCCCUCCUAGAGAACUGUUUAAGAAGACUCCUCGGCAGAUUGCUUCAAUGGACGUGGGGAACAUGGCCCAGUCAGUGGAUAUAAGUGGGCUUCAGCUGGCAUUAGCAGAACGUCAGUCCGAGCUGCCAACGCAGAGCAAGGCCAGCUUCCCCAGCAUCCUCAGCGACCCUGACCCAGAUUCCUCCAACUCUGGUUUUGACAGCUCCGUUGCAUCCCAGAUCACAGAAGCCUUAGUGAGUGGACCAAAGCCUCCCAUAGAAAGUCACUUUCGACCCGAGUUUAUUCGACCACCGCCUCCACUUCAUAUAUGUGAGGAUGAGCUGGCCUGGCUAAACCCAAUAGAGCCAGACCACACCAUUCAGUGGGAUAAGUCCAUGUGUGUUAAGAACAGCACUGGAGUUGAGAUAAAAAGAAUCAUGGCAAAAGCUUUUAAAAGUCCCUUGACUUCCCCACAGCAAACACAGCUCCUUGGAGAACUGGAAAAGGACCCCAAGCUCGUUUACCAUAUUGGUCUCACUCCUGCCAAAUUGCCAGACCUGGUUGAAAACAAUCCUUUAGUAGCUAUAGAAAUGUUGCUGAAGCUGAUGCAAUCUAGUCAGAUCACAGAGUAUUUUUCAGUCUUGGUCAACAUGGACAUGUCCUUACAUUCAAUGGAAGUUGUCAAUCGGCUUACUACUGCAGUUGACCUCCCGCCCGAAUUUAUUCAUCUUUAUAUCUCCAAUUGCAUCUCCACCUGUGAACAGAUUAAAGACAAAUAUAUGCAGAACCGCCUGGUACGCCUUGUUUGUGUCUUUCUGCAGUCUUUAAUCAGAAACAAAAUCAUCAACGUGCAGGACUUGUUCAUCGAGGUGCAGGCGUUCUGCAUCGAGUUCAGCCGGAUCCGGGAGGCCGCCGGCCUCUUCCGCCUGCUCAAGACACUGGACACCGGGGAGAGCCCCGCCGAGGCCAAGGCAGCCAAGUGACACUGGAGCUGCCAAAGCCAGGACCCCGCCAGCCUUCUGCACCCAUGUACAUUUUAAACUUGAACCACUGGAUUAAUGAUGGAAUACAUUAUAAAUAGCAUUUUAUGCAUUUAAACAAUAAAUAAUGUUUUUU